AUGCAGCGCUGGUCGGGGCGUAAUGUAGUUCUUACUGCUUCGUGCCGUGCUGGCACGCCCUUGGAGGCGCAAGCGUUUUUCCGGCCGGAUGUUUCGAAGAUGUCGAAGGCCGGGCAGUGGGAGUUGCACUUGACAGCUGAUGAGCUGGAUGAAGCUCAGCAAGCAAAAGAGGCGAUGGAAAUGGAAAUGGCAAGGCUGCAGCGAGAAAAGCAAGCCAGCGAGGCAAAGCACGCUGCACUUGCCGCAGAGCACGAGGAGCUUAGUCAAGCUGUUCUGGGUGUGGUUAUCGAAAACAUGGCUUGUACCAUGAACAACGAGCAGCACGAAAAGAGUGCUGACCCACCGAACAAGAGCACUUGCCGAAUUUGUUUGGUAAACGAGGCAAACUAUGCACUGAACCCCUGUGGACACACUUGCUAUUGCAUCCACUGCGUGCCGAAAUUGAAAGGUCAAUGGAAGUUCACGUGUCCGAUUUGCAAGCAACAUUACACGGAGGGGAUGAGAGUGUUUUGCUAA